CUCAAUAAGUGUCACCUAAUACUAAGAGAUCACAUAGUACUCCUAUCUCCUUGGAGUAGCUAAUUGCAGUAAAGAGAUGGCAAAGAGUAAGGUGCUUGUAGUAGGAGGCACAGGGUACAUAGGAAAAAGGAUUGUCAAGGCCUGUUUAACACAAGGCCACGAAACCUAUGUCCUCCAAAGGAGAGAAAUUGGCUUAGAUAUUGACAAGCUCCAGAUGCUGAUAUCCUAUAAGAUGGAAGGAGCUCGCCUCGUCGAGGGCUCAUUCUCUGAUCAUCAGAGCCUCGUCGAAGCAGUGAAGCUUGUAGAUGUCGUGAUCUCAGCCAUGUCUGGCGUCCACUUUAGAAGCCAUAACAUUUUGUUGCAACUCAAGCUUGUGGAGGCCAUUAAAGAGGCUGGAAAUGUCAAGCGUUUCUUUCCGUCGGAGUUUGGUAUGGACCCAGCGAAAAUGGAAGAUGCACUUGAGCCAGGAAACAUUACUUUCAAAGAAAAGAUGAUUGUGAGAAAAGCAAUCCAAGAAGCGCAUAUCCCACACACUUAUGUUAUUGCUAAUUGUUUCGCUGGUUACUUUGUUGGUAAUCUUUCUCAAAUGACGACUCUUCUCCCUCCUAAGGAUAAUGUUGUACUCUAUGGAGAUGGCAAUGUCAAAGCAUGCUUCAUGGCGGAGGAUGAUGUAGGUACUUAUGCUGUCAAAGCCAUAGACGACCCUCGUACUCUAAACAAAACUAUUUACAUCAGACCUCCAGAGAAUAUAUUGUCUCAGAGAGAAUUGGUUAAGAUGUGGGAGAAUCUCUCAGGAAAGGAACUUAACAAACACAGUAUUUCCGCAGAGGAUUUUCUAGCCCCUAUGAAAGAUGGAGAAAUUGCGCACCAAGUGGGAAUAGGACAUUUUUACCACAUAUUCUAUGAAGGUUGUCUUACUAAUUUUGAGGUACAAGAAGAUGAAGAGGCUUCAAGACUCUAUCCGGAGGUUGAAUAUACUCGUAUGAAUGAUUACUUGAAACGCUACUUAUGACUUGUGAGUUAUUAACAGAAAGCAUGAAGCUAAACGAAGCUAAGAGGGAAAUUUGUUUACUCAGUUGUUAUUAUUGCUUCGUUUUGUAUUUCUUGGAUUAUGUCUUGCACAUGUUAUGAUCAGUUGAUCACUAUAUAGAUUUAGAAAAUAGAAUAAAGAAAAGCUAUUGAUUGCUCUUCGUUUGGAUUUCAAAAACUCCUGGAUACUUGAUAUACGUCCUACGUUCAGAAUAUAAUGCCACACUUUCUUUUGUGGUUGGU